AUGGGCUCCCUGUGCUAUCGUAAUGUAUUCGGUUCUAAAUUGGAUGCUAACAGCUGUAAUGGGAAAAACAGCUGUACUAUCUCAGCAAGCAACUCUGUAUUUGGAGAUCCCUGUGUUGGCACCUACAAGUACCUGGAGGUGGCGUAUACUUGUCAGUUCCAGACUGUAACAUGUGAAGGAUCUGAGGCAGAGCUUCAGUGUGGGAAAGGGCAGAUUUUAGUCAUUCACAGAGCUGAUUAUGGACGCCAUGACCAAACCACGUGCUCUGACUUACAACCUCGCUGUAGGCUCAGAAAUGUCCUCUGCUCAAGUCCAGCGAGCAAUGAAGUAGUAGCUGCAAGUUGUAAUGGGAAAAACAGCUGUACUAUCUCAGCAAGCAACUCUGUAUUUGGAGACCCCUGUGUUGGAACCUACAAGUACCUGGAGGUGGUUUAUACUUGUCAGUGUAAGUACCUUAAAGCAGGGGUGUCCAGCUCCAAACCUCAAGGGCCGGUGUCCUGCAGGUUUUGGACAUCACCCAUCUAA